AUGACAAUAGACAAUGAGUUCUUUUUGCUGAAGAAGCUGAAGGUUUGUCGCUUUUUCAGGGAAUCUCUUGUGAAGAAUGAGGCCAUCGAAGGCUUUGCAACUCUGGGAGUACCGGAAGUAACGAAAAAGGAGAUUUUUCACUGUCCUUUUUGCGAGAAAACCUGUGUGGCCAAGUGUGGCUUCACGAGACAUCUGCAAACUCACAAUGAUUCUAGAGUGUGUGAGAUUUGUGAGAAGGAUUUCAAAACACGAACAGGAUUAAAGCGACACAUGGCUCAAGUUCACUCAACUGAGAGGAAUUUUGAGUGUGCUUUCUGCUCGAAGAAGUUCAAAAUCAAGAAUUCACUUCUAGAACACGUGAGAAGUCAUAUUACAAUGCCUGAACAGUGUCCAAUUUGUGGGAAAGUGUUUAGGAAUCCUUGGAGGCUUCGUGAUCAUCAAAAGAAGCGUCAUGGAAAACUCGCCAAUGCAAAAUUGGUCAGCAAAUAUUUGAUUUCGCAUGUUAAGCUAGAAAAACCGCAGGAAGUCUUUGAUUGCGACAUUUGCAGUAAGACAUACAAACGGAGAAAUCGACUGACUCAGCAUAGGAAAACUCAUUUUUCAUUAGUCGAACCUCUGAAGUGUCUUUAUUGCAUCAGCUCAUUUAACAAGAGACCAAAUUAUGCAAGGCACAUUGAUUAUGCGCACAGAGGACUUCCUCUGGAUGAGGGCGCUGAGCCUUCGUGUACAGUUUGCAAGGCGAAAUUUGCAAAUUUUGACGAACUGAAGAUGCACGUGACAAUUCACAAACGUGAGAAACGCCAAAGAAAGCGCUAUGAGUGCGCAAUUUGUAACUAUACGUUUAGUAAGAAGGAUUAUUUGGAAGCACACGUCGAGAGGAUUCAUUUGAAAUUGAGAGGUCCUACAAAGGAUUGCUUAAUUUGCUCGAAGAGAGUCUCGGUGGGUGCCUUUAGAGACCACAUGAAAAGUCAUCAGACUUUAGAGGGAAACGACAGAAAGUGUCCUUACUGUCCGGAGACUUUCGAUAGGAAGAACACUCUUGUAUUUCAUGUAAGGAUUUCUCAUCGCGGUCUUAAUUUGAAUAUAACAGGGCCUCCUUUCAAAUGCAGUGUUUGUAAAGAUCUCUAUGAGACAUUGGAUGAGCUGAAGAAACAUGUGGAAAUUCAUUCAAGAAAUCGCACAUGUGAAAUUUGCCAAAAGAGCUUCUCAACGGUGGAGAAUUUGCUAUAUCAUAUUGGGAGCUUUCACAGGAAUUCGAAUCUCCCAAUGCGUAUUGCUGAGAAACGCUUCGAAUGUUCAACUUGUGGGAGAAAAUAUCGUCACAGAGACAGAAUGGAAAAGCAUUCAGUUUCUUGUUCAAAGUAA